UAUUGAAAAUGGAUGGGAAAAAAUUUGGACAUCCAUGGCCGUCAAUGGCAUCGACAUCCAUAUGUGUCAAUGGAAUCCAAAUAAAUUGGCAUCAAUAGAAAUGUCAUAAAUGGCCGUCAAUGGCAUCUGUCUAAAUUGGCCUCAAUGUAAAGUUAAUGCCAUUGGAAAUGAAUGAGAAAUUUGGACGUCUAUGGCUGUCAAUGGCAUCGACUUUCAUAUGCUUCAAUGGAAUCCAAGUACAUAGACAUCAAUAGAUCUGACAUUCAUGGCCGUUAAUGGCAUCAAUGCAAUGUAAAUUUCAUUGGAAAUCCCAUUGAAAGUGAAUGGGGAAAUUUGAACGUUGCAUCCCAUUUGAAAUGAAUGGGAAAGUUUUUGGCAAAUUUCCGGGGAACCGUUGAUUUUUUCCAAAUUCUGUAUACAACUUUUAUGCCUCUCACCGUCCCGGAAUUUUUUAUGUCCAAAUUAUGUGAUUUGGUCAAAAAUUGUAGGACUAGAUACAUUUAGAAUUGUAUUUUUUUCGAAAAAUCGGCGUUUACGGGUCGCGUGAAAAUUCCGGUCCAGUUCCGAUCGGUCAAACGGUGCAGGCUGUGCGGCGCGCCGAAGAAAUCCUAUUCAAAAAAAAAAAAAAAAAAAAGAAUCACACUAUCUGGGUCUUUUUUCAAAGACCCAGUUAAAAACGACAUGGAGCUAGCUUGGACCUUUUCCUGCGCGUGGGCCAUUGAGGAAAAAGGAAGCAAAGGCGGGCGGGUGAGCCAUGUUAUAAAAGUCCCCCUCAAAGCAACCACCACGCACACCGCUUCCGUCAGUUGAAGUGAGCGCGUCCUUGCUCUUUUCCUGACCGAAGGAACCCGAGGCUAGGGGCUUGAGGUCCGGGGGGCCCGUCGGUUCUCGUCCCUGCUGGUCGGGGUACGAGUAGGGAGCUGGUCUCGCCUAACACAUGUGUCUGGCACACUUGUGUCUAUUUAUUAGCUCAUUUUCCGAGCGUGAUGGCGGGCGGAGCGAGCGCCGGCUACGUGAAGGAGUUCACCCGCCACUGCGGGGAUGUGCUGCUCAACCUCAACGAGCUGCGGCACCGACACAUCUUGACUGACGCCACCCUGGCGGUGGGCGACGCGUGCCUACGCGCUCACUCAGCCGUGCUGGUGGCCUGCAGCGGCUUCUUCUACUCGCUUUACUCACGGCACGCGCAGCAAGUGACGGUGUCGCUCCCUAGCCACUUGGACCCGACUUGCGUCUCCCUCCUGUUGGACUUUAUGUACACGUCCCGCCUCCCCCUGACGCCAGCCACCGCCCCGGGCGUGCUGGCUGUGGCCGCCUACCUUCAGAUGGACCACGUGGCCGAUACCUGCCGCGACUUUAUGCGGCUACACUGCAGGGAAAACAUGAGUGUCAGACACCCCCGAUUGGAGCUGGACCCCCAGGUGUCUGUAGGCUCUGUGGCCCCUGAAGGCGGGGAUCUGCCCAAUCUGGUCAGAACACCGGGGAAGACCGGGGACCUGCUCACACCUGUUUCAGAGGAGCUGAAAAAGGAACCCGACUCGCCCCCUCCGACUCCCGACAGCCCGGCGCGCUCCCGCUGCCAGCCCAGCUCGCCCGCCGAGUCCAAAACCUGCAACAAAAAUCUGCUGUGCGACACUAACGCGACGCCAAAUCCAAAGUCGUGCAAUUGGAAAAAAUACAAGUACAUCGUCCUGAACCCUCUCUGCACUGGGAGCUCAGUGAAAGAGGAGCCGCAGUUCCGUCAGGUGCGGCCUGGAGAAGUGCCCGGUCAGAUUGAUAGACAGGGGCAGGCCUCCUGCUACGAGGGUUCUGGCCGAGCCCCUCCCCUCGGGCCACCCGCUUCCAUGGAGGACGGAACAGCUUUCAGCACAACUUCUACCCAUCAUCGCCACCAUCAGGCCGUCAAGCGAGCUAACUACCAUCUGCCUCACGGUUACAACACCGGAGGAACUAAAACGGUUCUCUCGGGCGACAAGCCGUACCGCUGCAACGUGUGCGGUGCCCGAUUCAACCGCCCCGCCAACCUCAAGACGCACGCUCGCAUCCACUCCGGCGAGAAACCGUACCGCUGCGACACCUGCGGAGCGCGAUUCGUUCAGGUGGCUCACCUCCGAGCGCACGUCCUGAUCCACACGGGCGAGAAGCCGUACCCCUGUCACACGUGCGGCACCCGCUUCCGCCACCUGCAGACCCUGAAGAGCCACCUGCGCAUUCACACCGGAGAGAAGCCUUACUCGUGCGACAUGUGCGAGCUCCGUUUCCGCCACAAGAGUCAACUGCGACUGCAUCUGCGCCAGAAGCACGGCGCUGUGACGAACACCAAGGUCCGCUACAAGGUCCUAAGCGCUCCACUUUGCUCAUCCUGAAAAUUUUACCAGGAAAAACCCCAAACCGCUAACGUUAGCAUGUAGUUAGCAUAGAGGAUUUUUGGUUGUGAAAAGCGAGAAAAGGAAGAGGAAGUGUUUUUAGGAAGUUGUGAAGCGUUCGAGAGAAAUUUCAGAGGAAGGAAGAAAGAGUGAUUUUUGCCGAGUUUGAGUAUGUAUGUUUGAAGGACAUUAGAAAUGUUUUGAUGGUGAUAGAUGAACUGUUUUUGCUUUGACCACAUGUAACUUUGACCACUUUCAACACUCAAAAAACGUUCCUACUCUUGAAACGGCUUAAACAUUGGCUGCCAUUGACGGCAAUCGACGUCCAAAUCCAUUUCGACUGUUUUGCUAGCCCAUUUUUAUUUAACUAACGCGUUUGAGGCCUGGAGCCCUGCGUUUCCUUUGAACUAAUUUAUGCAGCCGUCCCAACGUGAAAGAAGUCCAAGCGGGCUAAGGACUGACAUGUAACCGAGAAAGUAAUCAAGUGUUGUUUCUAAACUAUCAGAAUGAGAUGGUUUAUUUGCUGGACAAAGAUUUUUUGGUGCAUGUCAAUUAAAUUGAGAGCAUUGCUGUCAUGUCUCGUUA